AGUGUGCAGUACUGCUGUCUGCUGUGCGUUUGUCUUGUUUGAUCUUUCAUACCUGCCUUUUUUUAUUUUGUUUAAAGAUUGAAACUUAAAUAAUACAAUAAACGUAGCAUUAAUUUGUAUUGUUCUAUGUUAAAUUCGUCAGAUAAUAAAAAAUAUAUAAUACAGUGACUUAAAAAAAACUCAUUACUUUCUGAUGUGAUAAUAUUGAGAUGUCAUCUUAUAUGGCAGGUGUUUUUGAUUUAGAUUUAGAUGUGGAUACAGUUACAGUCGGUGACUCUGAUGAAGACGAUAUAAUAGAAGUAGACGAGGUUGAUUACGAUCCAGAACUUCAUGUACAAAGUAUUGUAGAUUCUGAAGGAUCUGAAACAAUACAAUUAUCAGAAGAUAAUGUCAACCCUGGUCAAUGCAAGCGUCUUGGUCCACAAGACUUUGAAUUACGCAAAGUCUUAGGCAAAGGUGGAUAUGGAAAAGUGUUUCAAGUCCGUAAAAUCACUGGCCCAGAUGCUGGCGCACACUUUGCUAUGAAAGUUCUUAAAAAAGCUUCAAUUGUACGCAAUCAAAAAGAUACUGCUCAUACUAAAGCUGAAAGAAAUAUAUUAGAGGCUGUAAAGCACCCAUUUAUAGUUGAAUUAGUAUAUGCUUUCCAAACUGGUGGUAAAUUAUAUUUAAUUUUAGAAUAUUUAAGUGGUGGAGAGUUAUUUAUGCACCUUGAAAGAGAAGGUAUAUUCCUAGAAGAUACUGCUUGUUUCUAUUUAUCUGAAAUAAUUCUAGCCUUGGAACAUUUACAUAGUUUAGGCAUAAUUUAUCGUGAUUUAAAACCUGAAAAUGUAUUGUUGGAUGCACAAGGUCAUGUGAAACUGACAGAUUUUGGAUUAUGUAAAGAACACAUUCAGGAAGGCAUAGUUACACACACUUUCUGUGGAACUAUAGAAUAUAUGGCACCUGAAAUCUUAACUAGAAGUGGUCAUGGAAAAGCAGUCGAUUGGUGGAGCCUGGGCGCAUUAAUGUAUGAUAUGCUGAUUGGACAGCCACCAUUCACAGGAGAUAAUCGUACAAAAACUAUAGAAAAAAUACUUAAAGGUAAACUAAUGUUGCCAGCCUACCUCACACAAGAUGCUCGCGAUUUGAUACGACGCCUUAUGAAACGUUCAGAAACGCAACGCUUAGGUGCUGCUGGAGCAGCUGCAGUUCGCGGGCAUGCCUUCUUCAAGCAUGUCCAUUGGGAUGAUGUAUUUGCACGUAGAUUAGAACCUCCAAUUAAACCUAAAUUGACCAGUGAAGAUGAUGUAUCUCAGUUUGACACAAGAUUCACACUCCAAACUCCAAUUGAUUCGCCUGAUGAGUCAACACUUAGCGAAAGUGCCAAUAUGAUGUUUCAGGGAUUCACGUAUGUGGCACCGUCAGUAAUGGACGAGAUCCACAAGCCGCGCGUGAUCACAGCCCGUUCGCCGCGGCGCCCGAGACCCCACCACCACGCCUUCACCAUACCGCCUGCGUCCACAGCCCACACACAUGCACAUGCUCAACCGGAAGACUUUAUGGAUGUACAAGGUCUACCUAUAUAGCCUAGAAUAAUUCACAUAGCUGACCAUUUUAUACAAAAAAAAAAGAAAUCAACAACAAAUGCUGCCCAUGUAUUGUGUCCGUAACAUAAAUGGUACUGUUUUAUACUAUUAUUAAUAAAAAUGUACAUUUUAUACAAGUUACCGAUUAGUUUAAUGUUUGGUAGGAAUUAUUCACAUGUAUUAAAAAUUGUUCUAACAUGAAUAUGAAUAUGUGACAGAGUAUAAUAAUAAUUAACAAUAUACCUUGUUACCAAGCUUCAUGAAUUGAAUUAAAAGGUCAUUUUUAUUUUGUA